GACAUCUCCUUGGUUGACGUUCGAAGCGAUUCCAUGGGCAUGUUCCAUGAUUAAAAAAUUAAUAGGAUUUCGUUGGUUUCCUGUAGCUGUUGUCUGUGUAGCAACGUGCCGAUAUCGCAAAGAAGCUAUUAUUUAACCUCUUUAUUAUGACUUCGGAAACUAUCGCUACCCCACCAUCAGUUUCAUGGGCGCAGAGAAGCACUCGUGUUUUUUUGACAUUUAAUGUUGAAUGUGAAAAGCCGGAUAUAAAAAUUGAUAAGAAAUCGGUUUCUUUUCGAGGAAUAUGUGCUCCAGACCGGAAACUACUACAAGUUGAUAUACCCCUGUAUGCCGAAAUAGACCCUGAAAAGAGCACACAAGUCAAUAAAGGCAGAUACAUUGAGCUUGUGUUAAUGAAAGAAAAGACUGACGAGUCAUUUUGGCCCACACUCACCAGUGACAAGAAGAAGCAUCAUUGGCUAAAGGUGGACUUCAACCGCUGGCAGGAUGAGGAUGAAAGUGAUGAUGACGUGCUUGAUAUGAAUGACAUGUUUUCAAACAAAAUAGGCCCAUUUGGUGAUGAACUUGAAAAGGAUGACUCCAGUUCAGCUGAGGAAGAGGAUCUUCCCGAUAUAGAAUAGUCAUUCUUGAAUCUCCAUAGUCAUAUAGAACUCUUUAGACAUUUAGAAGUGCAUUAUUAAUAUGUGUGCUUUUAUAUGAAAACAUAGUGUGGUAGUUAUGAUUAGCCUUAGCAAUUUGGCAAAAGUAUUUUUAAAUGGGCAGUUGAUGUUUGUAUUUGAAUGUAGAAGUUGGGCCACUUUUCCUUUAUCAUUAGUUUUAUAGGAAACAUGAUGACUUUUUACUUAUAAGUUUUAUUGUAUAAACAUUCAAAUUAAGUUUAGAGGAUAUGAAAAGAAUCUGUUUUGGCGAUUUUCUUGAACACAGUUGUUUUCAAGUGUUUUUCUUACUAUUUCAUGACCUGACUGUACAGAAUACAGAAUUAAUUCUUAUAGCUUACCACCAUGCAGGGGUUUGCAAUCCAUAGAUUAAAAUCAGUGCAUUUGAGGAAGUAGGUUUUUCUACAAUAGGCAGGAUUUCUCUUUCCCUGGAGGAAAGCCCUGUAGGCCUAGCACAUGAUGGCCGCGGGAGUAUGUCGCCGCGAGAUAGAUGACACGUCUUUGUCUAAUUGUAUUAAUGACAUAAGGAUAGGUAGUCUAUCUCGCGGCGACAUACUCCCGCGGCCAUCAUGUGCUAGGCCUGCUGUAAAUCCCUUAAAAUGGUUUUAAGGAUGUUGUUUUAGUUAACUUGCUCAUUUUGGUGUUUGUUAACAUGUAUCUGUCAUUUUCACUAUAAACUUUUAUUACAAA